AUGUCAGAAUCCGAUUUUGAUAGGACAGACCCUUCAAAGUUUUUAGGUGACCUAAUAGGCUCCCCGGUGAAAGUCAAGUUGUACAGUGGUGUCGAAUAUCGCGGCGAUUUACAAACUAUUGAUGGAUACAUGAAUGUUGUACUAGAAAAUGGCAAAGAGUUCAUCAAGGAUACGAUGACUAGAGACUAUGGUGACUUGUUUCUUAGAGGCAACACAGUUUUGUACAUCACUGAAAAUUGA